AUUAAUAUUUUCCCAAAUAUUCCACAUCUUUUAAAUGCGUUAGUGAUCCAAUUGUAAUGCUAAGAGUUUUUUGUCCUUCCUUUAUUCAACAGCACCUCCAUUGGUUAGAUUUGGUGAGGGUGGGGUCUCACGUUAGAGCCAUUGACGUAGCAAUGGGUUUUAACCGAGGCGCAGUUUGUGUAGGAACAGAGAAAAGUGUUUUGAGGCAAAGAUAAAAGGGGGAAAAAAACAGAAGACUGAAGUGGUGAGGAGGUUUGAAGUGUUCUGAAUUGGUAUGUUGCGGUCGUGCUGUCCUGUGCGCUUCCAACCUGUGUGGAGCCUCUGGAGUGGGCACAACUGGUGUCCUCUCAUAUUCACAGCUGCGUCCAGUUGGUGUUGAGCAUCAGGUGAACGUUUCAGACAAUAGUCCAGCUUCUUUCACUUUUUUUGGGCUUGACUUUUUUUUUAGCCGAGGAGCAGAGAGAGUGGACACACAUAAACAUAUGACCAGGAUCCGCGCCCUGACGCGCUCCGGUGAGCGCAUGUUGGACCGGUGAGAGUGUGGAAUAGUAUGAAGCGCCAUGGCUUGGUGUGACCGCAGGGUUCAAACGCUACUGGCCACUUUGGGGGCUUUCGCUGCCUUUAGCCUGAUGACCAUCGCCAUCGGCACGGACUACUGGCUCUAUUCGCGGGCAUACAUCUGCAACUCCACCAACGCCACCACAGACGAGACCCAGUCACAGCCCAAAACCAAGAGAGGCGAUCUCACCCACUCCGGGCUGUGGAGAAUAUGUUGUAUUGAAGGCAUCAAUCAAGGCAGCUGUUACAGAAUCAACCAUUUCCCCGACGAUAAUGACUACGACACAGACAGCUCUGAAUACCUGCUUCGUAUAGUCCGUGCCUCCAGUGUGUUCCCCAUCCUCAGCACCAUCCUGUUGAUGCUCGGCGGGCUGUGUGUCGGGGUGGGCCGAGUCUACAACAAGACCAGCAACGUCCUCCUCAGCGCAGGCAUACUCUUUGUAGCUGCAGGUCUGAGCAACAUAAUUGGCAUCAUCGUCUACAUCUCCAGCAAUGCAGGAGACCCCAGUGAUAAACGGGACGAUGACAAGAAGUACACUUACUCCUACGGUUGGUCGUUCUACUUUGGCGCCCUCUCCUUCAUAGUGGCGGAAACUGUGGCUGUCCUCGCCAUCAACAUCUACAUUGAGAGAAACAAGGAAGUUCGUUGGAAGGCGCGACGCGAGUUCAUCCGUUCGCUCUCUUCCUCUUCCCCGUACUCGAGGAUACCAAGCUUCCGCUACCGCCGGCGGACAUCACGCGCCAGCUCUCAUUCAACAGAGGCAUCGCGAGAGAACUCGCCUGUGGUCGGUCUGAAGGGGAGGCCAUCUUCCAGUGGGGCCCUGGACGAGCUGUCUAUGUACGCCUUGGCGAGGGACAGUGUGACGGAGACCACGUACAGCCCCGAACAUGAGGCGUCUGCUGAGUUCCUCCAGGUCCAUAACUGUUUCCCCAAUGAUUUAAAGGACGGGGUGAAUCGCAGGACCACACCGGUGUGAUGGGCAUGUUGCUGGGCUUGAGGUUCACCUCGACGUGGAGGAAUAGUAAAUAAUGAAAAAUCUGUUGGCUAAUCUGUUGGAGCCUGAGUGCUUGUGAUAGCCUGCCACCUUAGAUGCACAGUAUUCGGAGAGACUGUCCUUUUUUAAAGGACCUGAGGAGAAAAGAGGACAGUCAGCUGGACGGAAGAUGAGCCAGUUAACCGAACCUUCAUUUAUCUGCCUGUAGAGAUCAUCAAAGCAGAAUAAAUGUACAUAAUCUGUGCUGUAGCUGAUUCGAAAUUGGCGUUAUCUUUCAACUGUCAAAAUGCUUUAUUGAGCAGUGUGUGGAUCACAACCCUUGUCUGUGUAAUGGUCACUAAACAUUGUGGGUGUGAGAUGUACCAAUCAGCAGUAUUCUACCUGUAAAUUAUUCAACAAGGUGCUAAAUGAAAUAUACUCUUCAACUUGAAAGUGUUCCUUUUGUGUGUGCAGUUUCUAUAAAGUGUCGACCCUUCUCCAAAGUUUGUAUUGUGUCCUCAUAACCAGUUUGGUCUUGCCUUAUGCUCUAAUCAUAUGUUUGAUAGAGACAACUGCACAGUCCUUUAGAAUAAUGCAUGGCCUUUUAAACAAACAAACAAAUAUUUUUACGGUAGUAUGGUUUGGGAGUCAAUGUCUUCACAAAUCAUUGACUUGCUGAGUUGUAAUGUAUUGAAUGUUUAGUAUUUUAGCUGAUUGUACAAGUCAACCAUCCAAUCCUCCAAAUAUGAAAAGUAUGAACUAUGAAAGGUUUUGUCUCCCUCGCCGUCUCGUCCUUAAUCUUAUUCUUCUCUGACAUUUGUUAGUCGAACAAAAUGUCCAUGUUGUCAGUAGAGCACCUAUGUUCAAUGGCCCCUUUUCAUUCACUUCCAUAUCAGUCCAGGCCAUCCAUCCAUCAACACCUCCCGAUGGAUGUGACAUUGUGUAUGUCACAAGAGAAGAGCAGCUGACAAAAAGAUGUACCCUAGAACUGUGAAAACGGCACAGGUCAGGACUUCCCUUUGCUCUGAAUGAAAACAGAGUGUUUAAUGGAUAAGGAUCAGAGCCAGGCGGAGAAUGCUUGUCUGUCUGUCACAUUGCCUGUGAGUCCAUCUGGCUGUGUUUUCCCCCCCUCCCAUGUCGAACACAGGACCCAGAAAGCGCUGUCUGCUCUGCGUCUCUGAAGGAUUUGGCUUCAAUAACCAGACGUGUGUGUGUGUGUGUGUGUGUGUGUGUGUGUGUGUGUCAGGUGUGUGUGUGUGUGUGUGUGUGUGUGUGUGUGUGUGUGUGUGUGUGUGUGUGUGUGUGUGUGUGUGUAUAUAUACUGUCAUCCUGCACGUCCAUGAUUCUUUUAGUUCUCUCAGGAAAUACUAUGUUGUGGCAGGUUAAACACUUUUGAGGUCCUCUCCCUACUUUGUGGCAGUGCUGGGAAAUGGACCAGGGAUAAAGAUAAACCUGGUAAAAAUGAUUUGAGGGAGAAAAAAACAAAAACGCCAUACUGUAUUUAUUAAAUGCUGUGACUGUGUUGUGAGCUUGAGCUUUCUCAAAGAACCAGCUGGUGUUUUUUUUAUUUUAUUUCAGUCUUAGGGCUAUUCAGUGGGUUCUGGUUUGGCAAGUGAGCUCACCCAACCACAGAGUCGUAUUUGAUUGUAUUUUGUGUGUUUGAUAUACCGUUAGAGAUAACACUUCAUAUACCAGGCUUAGCUCAUAGAAUAAAAGAAAGCCAUCAGUAUGAUCCAUUCUGAGUGUACACUUUUAUAUUACGGUUUUGGGGUAAAAUCCAAAUGUAUUUGUUUGUAAUGUAAAACUGUAUAUAAAAGUACAAUAAAAAAAACAUUGAAUGUU